AUGAGCGCCUUCUUCCCAACCAUCGCGUCACUUAACCCCGCUGCUCCUUCGUCCGCAGCAUCCAAGACGCGCUGCACCUCAAUCUUGGCCACCUCGGCUGUGAAGUGGAAUGCGCGUCUCUCGCACGAUCCCAUCCACGACAAUGCGUAUUACGGCAAGUGCAUGAUUGGUGGUAUACUCUCUUGUGGACUUACGCACACGGGCAUCACCCCACUUGAUGUCGUUAAGUGUAACAUGCAAGUAAAUUCCGCCAAAUAUAGCGGUCUAAUGCCGGGUCUUAAGACCAUUGCGUCUGAGGAGGGUGCUGGCGCUUUGUUUAAGGGAUGGGCUCCUACCGCCAUUGGAUAUUCUGCCCAAGGAAUGUGCAAGUUCGGCUUUUACGAGUUUUUUAAAGAUUUUUACAGCAGUAUUGCCGGUGAAGAAAAUGCUUACAAGUAUCGAGGAGCCAUUUAUUUGGCCGGAUCAGCCUCGGCUGAAUUUUUCGCCGAUAUGGCCUUGUGCCCUAUGGAGAUGGUCAAGGUAAAGGUUCAGACUUCACCCGCGGGAACUUUUCCAGUGGAAUUUGGAGCUGCUGUAACUGCGAUGAAGGCUAACUCAGCCGAAACUCGCUUUCCAUUUGGAUCGUUGGUUCCAUUGUGGUCCCGUCAGAUCCCAUACACGAUGGCUAAAUUCUUUUUCUUUGAGAAGGUGGUGGAAGCUUUCUACACCUACGUCUUCACGGAGCCGAAGAGCUCUUACCCGAAAAGCACGCAGCUUGGUGUUACUUUUGCUUCCGGUUAUCUGGCUGGUGUCAUUUGCGCCAUUGUGUCUCACCCAGCCGACUCAGUUGUGUCGCUGAUGGGUAAGGCUGAGAAUAAAGGAAAGGGAUUUGGCCAGAUUGCUAGCGAAGCUGGCUUGGUUAACUUGGCUACCAAAGGUCUGGGAACGCGCAUCAUCAUGAUUGGUACGCUGACGGGCGCGCAGUGGUGGAUUUAUGACACGUUCAAGACGGUCAUGGGCAUGGGCACGAGUGGUGGUGCUGCCCCGAAGAAGCAUUAG